AUGGGAAGUGAAAAUGCUGGUAAAACUUCAAUGUACUCUGUUAUAUUUGCUAAUUAUCCUGCUAGAGACACAAUGGGAAUAGGCUAUACAGUUGGUAUUGAUAAAUAGAUAAUAAGGUUUAUGGGGAGCUUAACUUUAAAUUUAUGGGACUGUGCUGGAUAAGGAAAGCUAAUGAAAAACUAUUUUAAUAAAUAAAAAGACAUCAUUUUUAAAGAUGUUUAAGUUCUAAUUUACGUGUUUGAUAUUGGAAGCCAAGAUCAUAUUUAAGAGGAAGAUCUUAUAGCAUAUAAAUCUUGUUUGGAAAAGUUAGCUGAAUUGUCUGAAGGAGCUAAAGUAUUUGUAUUACUCCAUAAAAUAGACUUAAUCGAUCCGUUAUACUAACAUGAGGUAUUCGAAAAAAAGAAAAAAUUAAUCCAAAAUUACUUUGUUGAUAGUCGAGUUUACAUUUAAGGAUUUUUUGCAAGCUCUAUUUGGAAUGAAACUCUUUACAAAGCUUGGAGCAUAAUAGUUCAAUCAUUAGUCCCUAAUUUAUAAUAAUUGAAGAACUAAUUAAAAUAACUUUGUCAUCUCUGUGAAAUUGAUGAAAUAGUUUUGUAUGAAAAGUCAACGUUUCUAGUGAUUGCCUAUUAUAAUAUGAAAGAAACAUGUUUACUCAACUAUGAAAGAGUUAGUAACGUUAUUAAAAAAUUUAAGCUAUCAUGUAACUUAACAGGAUCUAAAAUAUAAAAAGUACUAUUUUCCAGUAACGUUAGCUGUUCUAUUUAGGAAUUUAAUGAAAACUCCUUUAUUAUGACUGUUUAUUAAGACUCUUAAGUAAAUCAGGCUGCUAUAGACUUUAACAUCAAAUAAUGUAGAAGCAUUCUAGAAUAAUCCAUAAAAAAUAUAUUUUGA